UGGAGACGUGUCCAGAGUUAACUAAACUGGUGUUCCUCAACUGCCUAUAUCAUUUGAGCAGGGGUGUACGCCCACGUCAAAAAGUAUUUUCACACCGCUGACGUUGUGUCAUGUAAAAUGUUCAGGAAUAAUUAUCAGGGUGGAGCUGUGGUUGAGAUCUUCAGUGGACAAGGAAAAGACCCUGCGGCUAAAUGGAAACUCUGCGGAGGGCCGUCAGCCAUAUAUAAAGAGUAUAAUAAAGAAGUCAAAGGAUGUGUUUACUGUCUGGAUGGAAGCAGCCAGACAGUCAAGAUGCAAAUGCCAGAGAAUGGCAAAAUGUCUCUUGGACUUCUCCAACGAUUUUUGGUGCUUCAAGUCAAUGUUUCUCACGGUCAUGACUUUUCUGCUGAGCUUGUGAUAACUGAUUCAGAGGGCCUAAAAAGAAGACUCCACUUAUCAACAGUGCAUAAAGAGGUGUCUGCCACACUUUUGCAUGCAAAGAUACCUUUUGUUGGACUGAAACGCAAUGUUUGGUCAACAUUAUGCAUCGACCUUGUAUCACUGAGCGGUGAACUGUUCAAGGGAUUUUUGACACUGGAUGGCAUCACGUUGUUCGCUACCUGCAAAGUCCGGAGAAUCUUCACUGUAAGAACGGAGCAUGCAGGAAUGUCAGAUGAUGACAUGUUUCGCAGUGGAGCUGGUCUAAUGGACUUAAUCCCACGCAGUUGCCAGUUCCCACCAGAUGUGAACCAAGUCAUUCAGGUGUUCAACAGGGAAAAUGUGCGAAAGACAGAUUUGAGGACUGGUCUUUCUAACUCUGACUGUGUUCCUACCACUGCCAGAUCAACCUGUUAUCGGAGAACCAGGCCCCAGGGCAUUUUACACACAGCCUCAGGCUCCAGAGCCUCUGGACCACCUCUCCUAACUGGAAGAAAAAGCAAGGGAUCGAGUAGAAUGAACCAAAAGGUUACUACAGAAAGUCAGAGCAUUACCAACCAGAGUGAGAAUUUAUCACAUGGAGAACCUUCCCACAUUCUCAAUGAGGCUUUUGUAAUGUUGAAAGUACAUUAUGUAGGAGCAUCUGGCAGUUUACAGCCACAUCCCCCUAAAAAAAGAGCAGUUGACAAGAAGGGAUCUAAGAAGCUGAGAGUCAUCAGUGCUGGAGGAGAAAAGCAAACAUCAUCAAAUGAGUGUCACACUCCUGCAAAGGAAAGUUCAGCACUCAUGGUCACAGAGUCUCAACUGUGCUCUGUGCAGCAAGGUUUGCCUUCUGACCUGAAGGUCUGGAACAGCUGGGAGAGUAAUGAAGGGUCUGAGCCUCAGCUCACUCUGCAAAAGGAGGUGUUCACUUUCUCAUCCCAGCCUCACUCACCCAAACGAGGACAAGGCCAGGGUGACCAGGAGAAGAUGGAGAUGGGAGAUCAUCAGGUUCACAGCAAGAUUGGGAGGCGGUAUGAUGUCCAGCCCGAGGAUGACUUUAUUGGCAGUGAAAGUGAUGAGGAUAACAACUUCACCAUGUUCCAACAUCAACAAACAAGUGGGUCCAAUCUUACAUCUCCCAGAACGCUUGAUCCAACUUUGAGCACACAACUUGAAGGUCACCCUGGAUCUCAUAAUGUGAACCUAACACCUCCACUUAACACCGGUAUGCAGCCUCAUUCCAGUGGGAAAGCUGAACCUGGGCUGUUUCCCACACGGUGCUUCUCACCUAAUGGACUGGAACAGAAGCGUGGUCCAAGAGUUUCAGAGAAAGUAAACCGGGUUCUUGAUGGGAGCAGCAGCAUAUCAGUUUGUAGAAGACUCCUGCAAGAAGUCAAAUUGGAUGAUUCAAAACAGCACAAGGAAGAAGAAGAAGAUGAGACACUAAAGCCUGUUGAUUCCAGUCAUUGCGACUCGGACCUGCUCGGCAGUCCGCAGACACAAGAUGAUGAGGAGCUUCGAAUGCUGGCUAGCCUAAAAAGAGAGCAAGAGGAAGAUGAAUGUAAAGCCUCGGGCCUCAGUGCAUCUCAGAUCCACCGGUGUAAUGUCAGCAUCAGCAUGAGCAGUGACGAUACUUCUACAUGGACCCACAUCUCUCUGGCCGGGUUAAGGCUUCACCCCGGGAUUAUUGCAUCAGUGAUCUUGGUGUCUGCGGUGGCGGUAGCUGCUGCCGUAUUGAUCAUCCGAAAAUACUGCUUCCCAGUCAAUGAGGCAACUUACAGAUACUCAGUGCUGAGACAGAUGGAGGAGGGGCAUUCAGCAGCGGCAGAGGAGGAUGGCGACAGGAGGUCGCGCACAGUGGGAGAGGAUUCAGACGAGGAUCUUUUGGAAUAAAUCUCCAACUGGGAAGCUGCUGGACUGACUGCAAUGGAGUUUAUUCUAUAAACUGUGUGGUGUACGAAUGAAAUGGAGGAUUGUUUUCGUAGCGGGGAUAAAAAAGCGAGCCACGAAUGUGAAAACCAAAAAUAUACAAUUACAGAUAAAAUAAGUGAGGAAAUAGUAUUCAGUAUUUGCAGUUAUAUCUUAAACUGUAAUUCUGAGAUUAAAUGUGAUUUCUAUUUGUGCAGCUUCAUACUCUUAGAUGUGAAAUAAUGACCUUCAUUUGAAUCAUCACUGACAUUUUCUUUUCUUUUUUUCCCUUUUUUACACAUAACACAUGACAUUUGAUGUCUUUGGCUACUACCCAACCCUCUGAUGGGUGGAGGUUGUUCCCGCAGGCACAGCUCAGGGCUUAAAAAAAGUGUUCUUUUUUUCCAGCAUAAAACUCAUUUAAUCCUUAUUUCUCACAAUCAAUAUCCUGCUAAAAUAUGCUACAAUAAAACAACCAACAAAACAUUCAGUGUUAGCUGUGGUAGAUAAGAGUCGUAAUGAAUUGUCAACAAAAUUGAAUGUGUUAUUUGGCGAUACGGUCAGUGUAUUAAAGCAGCAAUUCAUGCAGCCUUUUUAAAUUAUUCUUUUAUUUUGGAAAGCCUGAUAACUACUGAGCUAUCUGCACAUCUUUCAGCUGCAUUUAUUUUGUUGUUGUUUUUUGGACGAAUGGAGCUCUGAGACCUAUGCGUUUGAUAAGACUUGUGGGUAUGUGAUUUGGAUGCUAAUGCUGCUGAUCAUAUGGAGAGUCAACACUCCACUAUUUACUCCAUUAUUUCCACUAUUUAACUUUAAAUUUAAAUUUAUACCUUAAAUAUAAAAUCUAAAGCGGAACAUUAUUUCCUGUAUUAUUUACUGGCAGUGCAAUAAAUGUCAGUGGGACAUUGAAAGGGCAGACGCACUCACAUUCGCUCAAUGUUUGUCUGUCUGCCACAGAACAUGUAAAUGUGCAAUGCUAUGAAUUAAGCGGUUGUUACAAAGUCGCACAUGGAGAUGUGAUGUUUCGCACACCCCAAAUGAUGUGCAAAGGUAGUCAAAAUAGGACUUCAGCUGUCUGCCAGUUGGGCAGUUUCCCUUUGAAAGGAUUUGCUGUUUCAUCGUUCCACUUAAAGGCAAUUUGCAGUUUAGUCCACUGGGUCUUUAAUGUAGCGCUGGGCUGAAUGAUGUACCCUGAUCUCUCUGACAGCCAUACUUGUCACAGAUAGAAAAAAAGCCACUUACCUGGUUGGGAGCUGCAAGUGAACAUUCUGACGUGAACGUCAGUGUCACAGCUCAAACUAACGACUGGUUCAUUUUAGGUUAUUCGUGUGAUCAACAAAUCAGACACCGAGACCCGAUUCUUGUGUUUUCCAAUCAUCUUUUGCUGUGUAGUUACUGAUGUUGAUGUGGAUCAGUAUUUAUAAAACCUACUGUAUCUUUUUAUUUAUUUUGUGGACAUCUGGGAUCUAAAUAUGCUGGUUAUUAAACAUAUUAAUCAUGUGGACUGGU